CAGAACUUGUGUGUGGAGCAGGAGGGACGUGUUGCAUGCGUGUCUGUGUCUGUGUGCCUGAAUGUUAGGUGCGCUGGAGCAUCUCCCUGGAAUCUCAUCACUGUUCGAACGCCGGCUGCAUGCACGUCGUCGGGUCCGUGAGCGAGGGCUGUUGAUCUUUCUCAUCUCCUGGCGUUUCUUGUCUGUUACCAUUCACUCGCUUCCCUGCAUUAGGAUUCUGUCAGAGUUGUGCCACUUUUCCUCGGAAAACGUAGCUCAGUUUACUCCUAAUCUGGGCUUGGCACCCAUCUUUAAGAGCCCCCACGGCUUUGCCAGGCUAAAAUAAGCCCCGAAACAGAGGGUCUGCGUACAGCCUUCUGCAGAGACAGUCGGCUGUUUAGCGAUCACGUUUCACACUGUGGACCAGAUGGUGUAAUGUGUUAAUUAGAAUUUACUUGCAGAAAUCUUUGAACGAUCAGAAACAAAAAGCCCAUUAUGAGCCGGAGCGUAUUAACCAGAUCGUCCCGGCGAACAUGUGGCAGCUAGGAGGUGCUGGUUUGUCUGAGAUGGAUCUGGGCCAGCAAUGUCAUGUAUUGUGCCUGUUUUCAGUGUGGCUUUUUUUCAUUAGUUAGAAGGGAUUUUACUGCAAGUGGCUGUACCCCCUGCUGACCAAAAUGGGAAUAGAUAGUAACAUUUUCCAAACUCCUUUUAAUCUCCUGCAAGCUUUUUCUGUAAACCUGCUCAGUGAUUUUGCCUGCAAAAUUGGAAAAGGUAAUAAUAAUAAUUAUAGAAUUAUUAUUUCAUAUUAAUUUAUUCUUUACCACACAGUUGUUUCCACUUUCCAUUCUUUGUCCUAAUUGCUCGGGUUGACACAAACAGACAUUUUUAUUUUCCAUUCUUAAUAACUCACAGUAUUUUAAAACCUUUUAUGGGUUCACAUAAAAAAAAAAAAACUCAUUGAGCGAUUGCAUUAAUGAACAAACAGUCUGACAGACUGAAAAUGAGUAAAGAAUGAACUGUCCCACAUGCUCACAGGCUCCUCCCCCCUAGGCGUGCAAUUAUUGGCCCCCACCCAGCCCCACCCACACGUUCCCAUGGCAGCGUCCCAUCCCACGGCCGAAAGCUUCUUCUAGCCAUUCACAGGCAUUGCACCUAGGCAUAGAGUCGUACCUGUACCUCACCUGAGAGUGCAGUUCAUCCAUCCCGCUCGGCUCAGAGCUACAUUCCACCAGGGAGCUGACUGCUCGCUCAGGAGAGACCCCUAAGGCCCUGGAGAGCUCUGGGAAUCCCACGUGAUCACGCUCCGGCUGUGCGAGGUGACAUUCUCACCAGGUUCACGAUGCCCUCUCGCUGUGGGACGGUCCUUCGGAUCGUGGGCACCACCCUCUUUGCCACCGUGGUCCUUCUGGGGAUCCUGCUGGCCUACGUGACAGGCUACCAGUUCAUCCACACGGAACAGCACUACCUCUCCUUCGGGCUGUACGGCGCCAUCCUGGCCCUGCACCUCUUCCUGCAGAGCCUCUUCGCCUACCUGGAGCACCGGCACAUGCGCAGCCCCGUCCAGCCGCAGCACCUGCGCCGUACGGUGGCCCUCUGCAUCGCGGCCUACCAGGAAGACCCCGACUACUUGCGCAAGUGCCUGCACAGCGUGCGCCGCAUCUCCUUCCCCGGCCUCAAGGUGGUGCUGGUGGUGGACGGCAACCGGCCUGAGGACGCCUACAUGAUGGACAUCUUCCAGGAGGUGAUGGGCUCGGAGGACACGGGCAGCGUGGUGUGGAAGGGCAACUACCACACGGCGGAGGGAGCGCGGACGGAGGACGUGGCCCGCGUGGUGACAGUGGUGCGUGGAUGCCGCUACUCCUGCAUCAUGCAGGAGUGGGGAGGAAAGAGGGAAGUGAUGUACACGGCCUUCAAAGCCUUGGGGGACACGGUGGACUACAUGCAGGUGUGUGAUUCGGACACGGUUCUGGACCCUGCCUGCACCAUCGAGAUGCUCAAGAUAUUACAGGAGGACCCACAGGUGGGGGGAGUGGGGGGCGACGUCCAGAUCCUCAACAAAUACGACUCGUGGAUCUCCUUCCUGAGCAGCGUGCGAUACUGGAUGGCCUUCAACGUGGAGCGCGCGUGCCAGUCCUACUUCGGCUGCGUGCAGUGCAUCAGCGGACCCCUGGGCAUGUACCGCAACUCCCUGCUCCAGCAGUUCCUGGAACCCUGGUACCACCAGACCUUCCUGGGCACCAAGUGCAGCUUCGGCGACGACCGCCACCUGACCAACCGUGUGCUGAGCCUAGGCUACAAGACGAAGUUCACCGCCCGUGCUCAGUGCCAGACAGAAACACCCACGCGGUACCUCCGCUGGCUUAAUCAGCAGACUCGCUGGAGCAAGUCCUACUUCCGCGAGUGGCUCUACAAUGCCCUCUGGUUCCACAAGCACAGCCUAUGGAUGACGUAUGAGUCGGUGGUAACGGGCUUCUUCCCCUUCUUCCUCGUUGCCACGGUGAUCCACCUGUUUUACCGCGGGAGGCUGUGGAACAUCCUCUUGUUCCUGUUGACGGUGCAGCUGGUGGGGAUGGUGAAGGCCACUUACGCUUGCUUCCUGCGCGGAAGCCUGGUCAUGAUCUUCAUGUCCCUCUAUUCCCUGCUCUACAUGUCCAGCCUGCUCCCCGCCAAGAUCUUCGCCCUGCUCACCAUCAACAAGGCCGGCUGGGGCACCUCUGGGCGCAAAAAGAUCGUGGUGAACUUCAUCGGAGCCGUGCCCGUCACGGUGUGGGCGCUGGUGCUGCUGGGAGGCAUGGCGUAUACCAUUUACUGCGAGACGCAGGACCCACUGAACGAGACGGAGAAGGCCCUCCUCAUUGCCGGAGCCAUCUUAUACGGCUCUUAUUGGAUCAUCCUCCUGGUGCUCUACUUAGCCAUUGUGGCCAAACGAUGUAACAAGAGGGAGGAACAGUAUCACCUACCUUACGCAGAGGCCUGAGGGCACAUGGCCACGCCCCCCCCAGGUGCUCCCGAGUCACCUGACAGAAAACAUAGCCUCUCCUUCCCAUGGUGCUACAAUUCCUGCCAUAUCAGGGCUCAUUCGAUGCCCAAGGCAGCUGUGACUUCGUGGCAAUUGCUAAAAUCGAUCUGGAGGAUCCACUUUGGCUAUGGGUGAUAUUCACUGGACGUUAUGCCCCUUGGGGUCUUAUUGCUGCCUCUACAGAUUUUAUCAGCGACACCGCAGUCCCUGGCACAUAUCUCAGAGCGGGACGAGCGUGAUGUUAGAUCUUCCUCAUCUUUAUCUAGCCCUGUAACGAGUCUUAGGCUUUGACUGCGAAAGGUGAAAUUGCUGAAAGUUUUAAGUGUUUAUCGACGAGUAAAACAGCCCAAGUUCAAAAGGCAAAAAUCAGCAACCAGCCUUUUUUUUUGCCAGGCAGAAGGGUGCCUGUCACGUAGGCUACCGGGACGUAAGCAGUCCUUACGAUUUCCUGAAGAACUCAUUUCACUCUUUCUCUCAGUCAGGUCAUACUUUGUUCUACAGGUGCACUUUUUGAAAUCUCAGCAUCUAGCUGACAAUCGAAAUGGGUAAUAAGUCCCUCUGUAUUUCCAAAAAGUGAUGAAACACAACGGUGGAUUUUAUCCACAGGCUAGAUGAACAGCAGUGAAGGUCACUGUAAAAGCCUUUUGCAUUUGAGCUCACUGCAAAGACUAGCUGGCCUCUUUACAAAGCGCUGAAACUUUUAAAACUUUUUAACACACAAAAUUCAACAUAGGACAUUUUAUCUUAGAGUGCUUCCUAAACUAAAUAUUUCUUAGAGUGUCUGUACCAACAAACCACAGACUCUCCUAGACAUACCUGAUGUGCAGUGAAAGGAUGGUGCAAUAUCGGCAAUGUGCAGUGUCGUGGAGUGUGCUCUUCUGAAACAACUGCCCACCCCUGCAGGCAGCUUCACUGCGUCUGAGUCCCCAGCAGUAUGGCACCAUGCGGUGCUAAGUAGCCCCCAGCUCUCCUCAGACACUCAACUCCAUCAUGCCGUUUUGGUAACUAUGGAGACACUUUGGUGUUGGAAACCCUGAUCACGAGAGAGUGGAGAGUGAUUUCACCUGUAACUAUUCAUUUUAUUUCAAAGUGACAACCAAAGACAGAUACAAUGAUGUUCAAAUGGGUUGGGUAUUGCUACAGUAACUAUUAUUAACGUUGCUACCAUCUUAAUUUUCGUAUACCAGUAUUGGAUAGUUAGUUAAGAUAGUUGUAACUUUGUUUACCAUGACACAGAGAGCACAGUUAUAUAGUUCCCCUAAAUAUCAGUAUAGAUGGUUUUAUGAAUUCUCUAACAAGGUAAAUGCAUGAGUUCACCAGAAAGUUAUUUCAACAUUUAAGCUCAAAUACUAAAUUACUACAUUUUUAUUGUACAUUUUUUGUUUUGAAAAGAAAAUCUGUUUGCAGACAGGCAGGUAAAAGAUGAAGAAUAUAAUCUUUAUUUCAGAGCAUGAUGUGUUUCGAUGUGUUUGGUUUUAGUUACUUUUUUAAAAAUGUAUUUUCCUUGUAAAUCUAAAUUUUUUGAUAAGGCAGUAAAAUGAUCCUUGUAUGUGUCUCUCACAAACAUACACAAAGGUCUUAAUGGUGAAUAUCCUUCAGAAGAUCCUUCCAGAAACCUGUGUCCACAGAUCAUGCUAACCUGUCCCAUGACCAACAUCAUGUUUACAAAUACACACACAAACAUUUUGUGCAUUGAUACACUUUGUUGCACUAAUUUGUAGUGUUUUUUUUUUUUGUCAGUGCUUAAGGAGUAGAGCCCUCGGUACGUAACACAGCGAGGCUUAAGGAGGACAGAGUGGUGGUCUGCAGCCGUAGCGAAUGAAUUGGCUCUUUCAGGUGCACAGUUCCUCCUGGGCACCUACUGCUUACACGGGCUAGAUUUGACUUCUCCAGUUACAUCUCUGUGAGGAUGGCAGGAGUUUUUUAUUUUUUUUUUGGGGGGGGGGGGGGGCGUAGUGAGCCUGAACUCAUAGCUGCUCUCAGCCUCAUUCUGGACGAAACCUGGAACACUGUGAACGGACAACCUCUCAUAAUAAUCUGGGGGCUUUUAAUGAAAUCUAGAUGAGUGUCCUGCUGGUCUGCUUAUCUUGCGCAGCAGUGGUUAAGAGACUAAGUGUGUUGGGGGGGGGGGGGCAUUUGAGAUGAACGUGGUGAGGUGGACGCAGUAUGUCGGUUUGGAAUGCUUCUGUGAUGAAUGUCCUAUUAUGGCAAACAGCUGCUCCCAGGGAAGGCACUAUUUUUGCUCAUUCAUCCUCAUCAUUUUAUCCUUCCUCUGCUUGGCUGUGCGCUCGCUUUAGGUUUCUGCUUUUAAUAGAUCCUGGAAGAGUCUCCCCAAAUACACCCAAAGCCAUCAGAGCAGUAGCCAUGGAGAUGUAUUACAGUGUUACUGAUACAGUAUUGUACUGAGCAGUUUGCUGCAUUCUUGCUGCUUUCAGCAGGUGGCCCCACUGAACUUGAUGCUACUUCAUGCUUUUCAAGAAUGAGUCUUUGUUUUGGUAAAAUUAUAAAACUGCUGGAGAGCGAGCCAGUCAAAUGCCACGGCUAUUACUGAACCCAUCCUUGAAGUUUCACUUAACCGCCUCAACACGCCUUCUUAUAGAGUCUGGAGUGCAUGUUAACAGCUCUUACAAAUGUCCGUUUGUAUUAUUUUCCUGCUGAAAUUUGAAACUCCUGGCUUCAUUUCCAGUGUGUCAGGAUCACAGAUUCUGGGUCGCUUUUUAUCGCUCUGAUUUUGGGAUUUACGGCAUCCAUAGUAACUCCACCCUGUGGCUGAGUGCCCCCCGGUGUCCGAUACAGGCUACAGGCUGCUUGUAUGCUCUACUGUCCCCUUUUAGCAGCACUGUGGCACUUUUGUGCCACCAGAUACAAACAGGAGGAGUCUGACUUUACACCAUUUCAGCACAGACACACAACGGAGGUUUACAAUAGGGACACAGCUCAACCUGACACUGUAUUUGAAUAGAUAUAUUUUUUUAUUGCAAUAUUUUAAUGAUAUUUGUCUAUUUAAUGCUAUUUGUGACGGGGCAGAGUAGUUGAUCUGAAAUAUGUAAAAUGUAUCUUGGCUUAAAGGUGCAAUUUUUUUAUUUGCUUGGGAAUUAUAAAUUACAUGUAUUUAAAUAUAUAUGUACUGGGGUAUAUAUUUAAAUAUAUAUGAAACAUUUUUACAUGAAU